AUGAGUAAAAGAGCAAGGAGUAGUCCAACGUUGUUGGGAGUGGGACUGAGGUUGUCCCCACCAAGAGUGACAACCUCGGCACUUUUUGAUGAUGUUCUGUCAAAUGAAUCUUCUUCCACAGAACUUGUUCAUUCAUCAGAAGGAUCAUGUGUGUCUUGUGAUACUGCUCAAGAGACAAAAGCCAUGCUUCUCGUAGGUUGCACUCGAUGUCUUAUGUAUGUUAUGUUACCAGAAAUUGAUCCUAAAUGCCCCAAAUGUAAGAGUACUGCCUUGCUUGAUUUCCUUAAUAACGAGGAAAUUACCAGUAAGAAGACAAGCAGCUAG